GAGCUGACAGGUGAAGCCCUGAAGGCUUUCCCAGCCGGUCGGACCAGAUCUCCGUCUUUAAAUCUUACCUCAGCAUCUGGGCGCGUCGCAUUUCCUCACCAGAUCACCAGCAGAUCACAGUGGAUCACCAGCAGAUCACAGUGGAUCCGUGCUGACUCUUCUGUUCUCCCAGGCUGGACCCGAACAGACGAUGGGUUAGAGCGACGCUCCGCAGGACAUCCAGACACGUUUCCUCCCGCAGGAUCAGAAACUGUCUGGUUUCUCCGCUCUGUGGGACUCCGUUUGCUGCCAUGGCGACGAGGAGGAGCAGGAAGCUGCUCAUGAUGGUCGUCCUGCUGGAGUUCACCAACGGCGUCUGGACGCUGCCGGCUCCUGGGACCGUCUCCAUGGACUCGGUCAACAUGAGACACGUCCUGCGCUGGACGCAGCCCAGAGCAUCAUGCAACUCCACCGUGCUUUACUCCGUUCAGUACCAGGGGGAGUUUGAGCUCCUGAUCAAGAACGGCAGCUGGAUAAACGCUGCCGAGUGCCAGAGGAUCCCCCUCACCAGCUGCGACCUGACCUUUGACCUGGGGUCUGACUCCGACUACAGCCUGCGGGUCAGGGCGCAGUGUGGCUCCAAGAUGUCCGCCUGGGCCAAAUUUCCGUUCAACAGGAACAACAUCACGCCUCCAGUUCCUGAGCUCAGGGUGACGGCAGCAGGCGACGUUCUGCUGGUGUCCGUCAGGAAGUUCCCUCUCACCGCCGUUACCAUGGUGACGAUAUGGAGGACAGACAAAGAGCAGCAGACUAAGGAUUACUCCAUGCCAGCAGACCAGGAGGUGCUGCAGGUCGCCGCCCUGCAGGAGGGAGCGGUGUACUGCGUCAAGGCCAAGGUUGUCCUGAAUCUGGACGUGCAGAGCGGGUUCACCGACAGCCACUGUGUUUCCAUCACAGGUCCUGGCGCUCCGGCGUGGAAGCAGCCCACCGCGGUGACGGUGACGGUCGUCGUCAUGUUGGGCCUCCUGAUCGGUUUGUUCUGGGCGCUCGUCCACUGUCGCCCCGACUCCUGUCAGAAGUAUUUCCAGAAAGAGCCGCUGCCGUCGUUUCUGAUUGGGAACGUCACCGUCUGGAUUGCGAUUCCCCAGCAGAGGGAGGAGCUUAGUGCUGUCACUGUCAGCCCCCCCCUGCUGAGAGGCGGAGCAACGUGACCCCGGCUCAGCGCUGUGAUCGCCAUGGAAACAGCCGUCACUCGGGGCGACCGGGGGUUUCCCGGGUCCGGCUGACCGAAGGAGGCCGACCUCGAGGUUCUGCUGCCUUCAGGUUUAAAACGAGGCUGGUUUACCGGCAUGAAGGGGGAGGAGGUCAAAGGUCACAGCAUGUUUGUGUUGUACAGACAGUAAAGGAAUAUUUCUAUAAACUGUUCUCAGAAGAUUUAAUUAAAGCCAUGAAGGCUCUGAAAAUGCCAGAAAAAGAUCACAUAGAGGUUCAUGUUAUAUUUAUACAUAAAAAGUAAAACCUAAACUUUACCCACCAGAUAAAGAACGAAGAUUUGGUGAGUUACAGGUUUUAUUUCUUUAUUUUCCACCAUAACAGAUUUAUUUUAACCCAGUUUAUUCAGGAUUUGUGUCGACUUAAGGGUGGUUUUAUAUUAUAUUAUAUUAUAUUAUAUUAUAUUAUAUUAUAUUAUAUUAUAUUAUAUUAUCUCUCAGGGUCUCAUGGUUUUAUAUGAACACUUUACCAGGUUUGGGUUCAAACUCGGAGAUCGUCUGAAAAAGACAAACGUUUUUAUGAAGGAUAAUAUAAAGUGUUUUAUUGUCUUAUUGUUGUUUCAUUCAACGUUCAGCAGUACUGCGUCUUUUUAUUUCAAGGAUUUUUGUUUUAUAUUGUAAAACUCUUGUUUUGUCAUGUAAAGGUUUAAAGAAUAUACAUAAAUAGUUUUCAGGGUUUUGUUCCCUGCUGCUGCUAGUUACCAUGGCAACAGCUACAGUUUCCUCAACACAGGAAGUGAUUUAACACGCCGUUGCCAUGACGGUCUUAAAGCUGGACGUUCAUGGAGGCUUUUUUUAUCUUUAUUUCAGUUUAUGUCCUUAUUUUUAAUCAAAUAAAUCUUUUGUUGUCCCAACUUCCUGUCCAGACUAAAAAAUAUUUGUCGAUUCCUUUGAUCAAAUUUAGACUUCAGAUGAAUGUCUGAAACAUUCAUGUCGGAAAGUAAAUCUGGCUUUUCUGCAUUAUUGUUCUGAGGGUGUGAAAGAUUUUUCACCAGUAAUAAUUCUGAAAAUGUCACAAAUGUAUGUUUUUAUCCUGAUCUGAUUAAAGAAACGCAGAACUUCCCAGAAAAUAAAUCAUGUUUAA